AUGGACCCAAGUAAGAUCAUGACCCCUGCGACCGGCUCGAUCGGUUCUCGAUUCGAAUCUCAAGCUUCCAUUGACGAGGCAAAGGAGAACAAGCAGAAGGCAUGGAGGGAAGCUUAUGCGAGAAUAGGUCAGGAACCUCCUCCAGAAGAACCUGAAGAGGAAUAUGAUCCUAGGACUUUAUACGAGAGAUUACAAGCUAAGAAGGAUCUGAAAAAGGAAGAAUGGGAUAGUAAAAUGAAACUAUCGAAUCAAUGGCGAGGAAUAGAUAGUGAAGAACAGCGUUUCCUCAUGGAGAAAGAUCAAGAGAAGAAAGAGGAACAGCGGAAGUUGGAAGAAAGAGAUGCGGAAGAACUAAGAGCGUAUAGGGAGAAACAAGCUGCCAAAGCUUCUCAACCUAUCGAUACACCCCCUGCUACAACUUCCUCAGUUCAGCCGAAGAAAGUUAUACCUACAAAACCAGCUAGGAAAGACGUCAAGUCAUUGAUGAAAGGUGUGGUAGUGAAGAAGAAGCCCAAGCCUUCCACCAAGGGGACAUCAUCACCAACUAAGCCAAUCUCUCCGUCAGUAGGUACCAAGCGGGAUGCACCUGAAGAUGAAGAUACGGCAAAACAGAAAGAUGGAGAUGAGGUGGAAGAGAAGAAACGGAAAUUAUCGGUGACGGAUGAAACGUAG